AUGGCGCCUAUCAACGACGCGGUAUUCCUCCGCCGCAACAACCAGAUCCAAGAUGCCAUUGACGGGCAGAAUCUGAAGCAGGCCCUGCAGCUGAUCGAGAAGCGUAUGAAGAAGGGCGAGGAUACACCCUUCCUGAAAGCCUGGAAAGCGCAUAUCCUCUGGCGCCAUGCGGAUGAAGCCCACCACAAGCGCGGUAUUGCCGAGACACUCGAGUUAUGCAAAGUGGAACCGCCUAUUACCGACAUUGAUACCCUCGACAUCUUGUUCAAGACUUUGCAGAAGCUAGAUGGGCAAGAUGCGACAAGGAGCAAUCUAUGGGAAAGGGCAGCGAAGGCGAAACCCCAGGACCUGGAGAUUCAAGGUCGUUGGUUUACCUAUGCCUUCGAGAGUAACGAUUGGAAGUCUGCUCAGAAGGCUGCCAUGAGCCUUCAAAAGAACUUCCCCAAGGAUCGGAAGUACUAUUUCUGGGCUAUCUUCCUCAGCCACAUGAUUGCGAUAGACGAUGCCAGUUCGGAGACUGAUCGAAAGCUGUUUGGCACUCUGGCGUACCGUAUGAUUUCGAAGGCUGCCGCUGAUGUCCCAGAGGCCUCACAGUUAUUGAGCCCUCCUCGAGCUAUCCAGACAUCCGAAGAACUGCGCCUGCUCAUCAAGAUCUACGAAGCUCAGGGACGAAACGCCGAAAUUGUGAAAAUUCUGGACAGCGAAAAUCUUGGCCUCAAGUCUCGAAUUGUGCAAAACGAUACUGCCUUCCUUGGUUAUAAAUCGCACAAUCUGAGCUCUAGCAAGAUGUGGGAGGAGGGAAUCUCCUUCGUGAGAGAGCUUUACACAGUUCCUGAUGACAAGGAGAAACUCAAAGCUCUCCGUGAGCUUGAUGAUUGGAGUAUCUGGAAUUUGUUGGUUCAGGGAACAAAGCAUUCGAACACUCCUGGAACUGCGACCGAGUCGGCGAAUUUUGCGGAAACAUUCAUGGCAUCCAGCCCCAAGUCUCGUAACGCAGCUUUAGCUUACCUUGAUGCGAUGAUCUGCGGGAUCAGCAACGGGGAAAUAGCCAAGGAUGACUUGCUUCCGGCCUGCCAGAGAUACAUCGACAACCACAUUCAUAAAUUGUACGCCUUCAGUGAUAUUCGAAGGAUUAUAGGUCCUAACAAGGAAGGCCUGGCCAAGAUGCUAAAUUACAUCCUGGAAAACCAUGUUGUAGAAGGGAAGGGGUCUGUUCCCAUGAUCAAUGCUCUAAAACUGGAUUACUGUCUGAAUAUAUCAGGACCGGAGAGCAAGCCUUCCCAGCAGAAGAUCGAUGAUCUUGUCGCUCGCUGUCUCAAGCUUUACCAGACCGCUUACGAGGAGGGCAAAGCCAAGAAGUCCACAGGUGGCGCGCAAGGAGCGUCAUCUACCAUCGAAAGCCAGCCCAUUGAUGAUCUCUGCAUUCUCGCAGCCAUGUGUCUCCUUCAGCCUACCGAAAUGGGCGAAAAGGAGGCCCAGAUUCCAGGUACUGCUCUCAUUCGCGCCGCAGGUAUUCUGGAACGCCUCUGCCGUGACUCGCCCCACAACUACGAGGCGCUCCUUCUUCUAGUCCGAGUAUACCUCCUCCUCGGUGCUGGAUCCCUUGCCUUGAGCACUUUCAGCAAGUUGUCCGUCAAGCAGAUCCAGUAUGACUCUGUAGCUCAUGUUCUCUUCACGCGCCUUUCUACGGUCCACCCUCAUUCUGCGCCACCGGUGGACGGCGCGGAGUAUAAGGAUUUCGAUCCUCUUUCAGCCUUUGUCCAGGGUCUCAAUUUCUUCCGGAACUCUGAGGUUAACACUAUGAGGUACCGGACCGCGGGUCUGGAUGAGGGAUCCUAUGUGAAUACCGAGGAGAUCAUCGAGCUUCGGAGAUGCUUGUCUAAGAGUAUAAACCGCCGCAUGUAUGCCCUCGAUGCACGCCGCAUUCAGCGACUUGCUGGGGGCGAUCCGAUGACCCGUUAUGAUGAGCUUGCCCGGGAUAGCUCACCAGUCGUUGAUUCACGGAAAUUUGGCGCUUUCAUGUCCUGUGAAUACCCAGGAAAGCCCAGCUUCGAAGAGCGAAUGCGCCUGGGACCUCUCCCACGGACCAACUGGCUGGCUUCAGCCCGAAUCACAGACCAGCUUUUCAGCAUCUUGAAGGGCAUUUCCCUGCAAAGGCCACUGAGUCCAGAGAUGGACCUGCCCUCUCUUGAGAGCUUGUCCAUCUCCGAGACUGAGAAUGAUCAGACUGCCGCAGAGAAAGAGUCAGUGAAGAUCCACACGGAUCUGCUUAGAGUGGCCACAUUCAUGGCUGGUUCCAAGCUGACAGCUUCGGAGCAAGUUGACGCUGCUCUUGGUCGCGUUGGGGACUUCUUGGAAUCGAAGAAGAAGGAUCUCACUCUCAGCGAGACCGCAACCUCCCAGCUCAUCGCCUCCACGGCCGUGUUCCUCGAGGCUGAUACUCCUGCUGGACCUACCUGGAAAUAUCUUCACAGUACUUUUGUCCUUCUUGAGACAAUCAAGGCGCUGUCACAGCUGCUCGCGCUGGCCGUUAAAAAGGGAGCGAAGUCUGCAAAGCUACCAAAAGAGCGCGUGGAACGACUCUCUAUACUCGUAUCUGAGAUCUAUGAACUGGUUCGGUCAAACACACGAGCUUUGAAGCAGCGCGUUUCAGCAUCAGGUGUGCUGACGUCAUUGGUUGACCUUGUCAUUCAGGGUGACCAGUCUGCGAAGUCCGAGAAGGAGGUCCAAGACGUUUUGGAGACUACAUUGGACCCAUCUAACGUCGAAGUGUUCUGUGGUGCUUUGAUGGAGAGUUGGGAGGAGGCUCUAUUUCGCCUACGCACCAACGCCCGUGCCAAGACCCGCAGUUGUGCGGUUCCCGAAGCAUUAGGGGAUUUCCACAAGACUUUCUUCAUUCCCUUUCCUCGACAACUCCGCCAAUCCCCUCAGUCACCAACCGUCCAAAUGGCGCAGGAACGCACCGGUAUCGUGGUCGGCACCAACAAGGGCCACAAAACCACUCCCCUUAACACCCCCAAGAACAAGAUCAGCCGUUCCAAGGGCAAGUCUUCCCGCCGCACUGCGUUCGUCCGCGAGAUCGCUCGCGAGGUCGUCGGCCUUGCCCCCUAUGAGCGCCGUGUGAUUGAGUUGCUCCGCAAUGCCCAGGACAAGCGUGCCCGCAAGCUCGCUAAGAAGCGCCUCGGUACCUUCGUCCGCGGCAAGAGAAAGGUUGAGGACAUGCAGAAGGUCAUCGCCGAGGCCCGCCGUACCACCGGUCACUAA